AUGCGACUCCGCAAGUUUUGGAUGGCAUUCGCCAUUUGUCUCUACUUUUAUUUUUUGGCACUCUGCCAAGGGGCUAAUAUUUUGGGAGUAUUUCCAUACCGACUUCCUUCACAUUUCCAGGUGGUGCGACCCCUGGUAAAGGAGCUUUCAAACCGAGGUCACAACCUCACAAUAAUAACACCUGUUGGAAUAUAUGCCGACAUAGAGGGAGUACGUCAUAUUCGAGUACAUAAUCUGAAUAAAAUGUCGAAGGAUCUCCUUGACUCGAAUAUAUUUUUGGAUUUUUUCCCCAACAAAUGGGCAGAAGCGUAUUGGACGGCCUCGAUGCUCUCGAAUAUCUCCAAGAGUGUGCUGAGUAACGAAGGUGUCCAAAAGUUGCUCCAUGAUAAAAACGAGCGAUUUGAUAUGGUCCUGUUGGAGGCGGGACACCUGGAUGCUCUCUACGGAUUUGCCGAUCACUUUAACGCCACUCUAAUGGGACUCUCCUGUGUUAUUCCCAACUGGAAUGUUGACUUACUGGCCGGCAAUCCAGCGCCCAGUGUAUAUGAACCGAUUAUGCCCAGGGAAUACAAGUAUGAAAUAUCUGUAAUGAGCCGAUUCAGCAACUGGAUCUAUAUCACGGAAGAAAAACUUCUCAGCAGUUUGGUUUUUAGAACAGCCCAGCAGAAGCUCUUCAACAAGUAUUUCAGUCAUUCUUCAAAAAAGUUGAGCGAACUGCGAAACCAAUUUUCCGUGAUUCUAAUCAACAAUCACUUCAGUAUGGGAAGAGUGCGGGCCAAUGUUCCCAAUAUCAUCGAAGUGGCAGGCAUUCAUCUUAGUGAACCACCGGAACCGUGUGACAAGGAUCUUCGGAGAUUCCUAGAUGAGGCGGAACAUGGCGUCAUAUAUUUCUCCCUGGGAAUGGAUGUGUUAGUCAAGUUCUUACCCAAAAGCAUUCAGCAAAUGCUGUUGGAGAGCUUCACCCAGUUGAAGCAAAGAGUGGUAGUGAGGAGUGAUGUGUCUCCAGUCCCCAAUUACUCGGGAAACAUAUACGUUUUAUCCCAGGCGCCACAGAGGGCAAUUCUGGAACAUCCCAAUGUUCGGUUAUUCAUCACCCACGGCGGAAUGCUCAGCGUAAUAGAGGCUAUCUAUAGUGGAGUUCCUAUACUAGGAAUACCAUUUUUCUUUGACCAGUUUGGAAAUGUUCAUCGAGUGCAGAAUGCUGGCAUGGCAAAGGUCCUAGACAACAAUGCUCUUAGUGUAGAUAUUCUCACCAGUUCUAUUCAGGAGCUGAUUGAAAAUCCAAAAUAUGCUCUAAAAGCCAAGGAGAUGUCACUCAGUUUCAGAGACAGACCUAUGAGUCCCUUGGAAACUGCUGUUUGGUGGACCGAAUAUGCUCUGCGAAAUCAGGACAUCAGACACAUAAGACUUAAUGAGGAUGAGUUUCCUUUCGUUCAAUACUAUGGGUUGGAAAGCCUCGUAUCCUGGGGACUGCGAUUUGGUUUCGUGAUUGGCUCUUUAUUCUUACUAGUCUUCAAAAUUUAUAAAAAGAGUUCUCAUAGGCAGAGGCUGGUUCUUAAAAAAGAGAAUAACCAACCACAUGAGGGCAUAUUCUGA